GUCAGAUUGUUUUGUUAUUGUAAAUAAUACACUUAUAAAUGGCUAUAUAACGAAUUAGUAUUUAUUUUAGUGAAUUUGUUCACAUAAAUCCAUAAAAGUAUUCAGUAAUUUUCAAAAUAAGAUGGGUUGGAACGCUGUUGUUAAUCAGUUUAAGCAAACUUGGCUCACUACACUUCUCAGUCUAGUUUUAUUUUCUGGUGUGACCUAUUUCUUAGUUUGGUCUGAGUGUCAAACUAUUCAAAGCAAUCUGAUGCUCGAUGAGGUGGUAUUUGCAGCUGAGAGUAUUGAUGUUCACACAAAGGAUGAAGCAGAGCGUUAUGAAGGUCGAGUAGUACAUAUUAUAGGACCUUUAAGGGUACUCGAACCUAUCUCAGAACCAGAUUAUAAUAUUCACGUACAGGCUGUGAAGCUAAGGAAGAGGGUUCAAAUGUACCAAUGGAUUGAGGAAACAAUAGAAACAGAUAAUUUCUUAAGUGAGCCAGCCGAUGAAACUCAAAAGACUUACUGGUAUCAUAAGGACUGGAGAGAUUAUGUGGUCGACUCUGCACUGUUCUAUAUCAGACCUGGUCAUCAUAAUCCAACAUCUAUGCCCAUGUUUAGUGAAACACACAUUGCUGAAUAUGUCAAAAUUGGCUGGAUGAGUCUAGGCUUAGAUGUUAAGCGUAAAGUAAAUGAUUACUAUGAAAUAUGGUCGGACACUAGACCUGAUCGAAGUGAUAUCAAACUGCAUUCUGGAUUCUAUUAUCAUGGAAACAGCGCCCUGGAACAUGAAAUAGGUGAUCUACGAAUUCAUUUCUCUUAUGCCGGACGAGAGGAUGACAUUUACACAGCAGUUGGUUUAGUUGAGAGAGGUGUUCUUCAACCAUACAGCCCAAAGAAUUUUCCGACAGCAGAUCCAUUGUCUCUGAUGCGGAAAGGCUCAUAUAGCUUGAAACAUUUAUAUGAUCUAGAGAAAAGUCAUGCAAACACCCACACUUGGAAGUACAGAUUGCUGGGCUUAAUACAAGUGUUUGCAUCCGCUAUGACAUUACAUCCAGAAUGGCUAACACUUUUCAUGCAAAGCCAUUGGAUUUCAAACAACUUGAGACGCUGCACAAGAGUUUGGACUAAUUUAGUUCUUUCCUUUUCAUAUACACUGCUCAUAAUAUCAAUACCAUGGUUUCUUCAUAAACCGUCGUUCGGAGCCAUUGUGCUCGGUGUGGCUAUACUGCCCAUACUCCACUAUUCGAAUUUGCUAACACGUGACCAGCCUGGUGCACGAUAUACAAGAUGGGAAGACCGUUAAUACAAGAAGUAAACGAUAAAUUAUUAAACUCUAGAAGUUGAGUUGGGAUUGAUUUGUUCAUGACUGCAUUUGUAAAUAUAUAAGGUCUCUGCCAUUUAAUAUCACCAAAUUUAAAUUAAGAUUACUGGAUUAAUGUUGUGGAUUGAUCUUUUCGUAUACCCUAAAUGGUAAUUGCAUUAAUCACUUCCGCACUAUAUAUAUAAUAUGAAUGAAAAAGCGUAAUUCCUAUUUAAAAAAAAAUCUCAAGUGUAGACAAGUAUACCCUAAUAGAUAUUGAAUAUGGUGAUAUAGCGGACGGAGACUGCUAUUUUGCCAUAUUUAUGAACAACUAUUUUUUAUCUUUUUGCAUUUUAAUAAAACGAAUCGUUCCGUAGACAGGUUUCGUUUUCAUUUAAUCAUUAGAUAUUUGUAUGAGCUGUUCUUUGGGUGAUCGGACUUAUGUGAUUGUGGUUUGUGACUAAUAUUGAUCAUCAUUUUGUCAUUGAUGUUGAAAACUGUCAUAAACCAAUUUUCAAAUCAGUUUAUCACAAUAUAGUCAAGUUUUUUUUUUUUAAAAUUGAAUAACGGAUUUUUUUUAGAUCUUUUUCUACCAAUUAUUUUUAUAUUCUGGGUAAUUAUAAAGAAUUUUAUUAAAUGUAACAGAAAUUGGAAUAGUUUUAUAUUAAAAUAUUACAUUUAACAAACAGGCAUAUCAAAAGACAAUAAUAUGGCAGUCAUACAUUAUUAUGAUUAUAUCUACCAAUAAAAGUGGGUUGCCUCAUAAUGUAUUUUUCAAAAUUGAGCAAAAUAUGGACAGUGCGCUCAAGUAAACAGAUUGCUGGCCAGAUAUGAUUCCUCUACUUAAACUAACAAGACAAGAUAAGUUGAGAACAUAUGUUAUAUAACAAUACAUGUUCUCAAAUAAUUUUUUGUAACAGUGUUCCUUUUUAAUUAUACAGAAUUUAGUUAAACAAUGAUUUUAAUUUAUUUAAAAUUUUGAUUCUGAAGACAAUUUUUUACUAAUUUCUACUAAACAAGCUUAACUAAAAACUUAUUGAAAAAAAUAUAAAAGUGAUUAAUUUUACUUUUGUGCAAGUUUCAAUGUUUCUAGAUUAAAUAAUGCAAAUUAUUUUUCUUUUCUGUUUAUUUCCUUGUAAUAAUUGUAUAGCAGAUUAAGAUACACAUUAUUUUAUAAGUAAACGGAAUGUAUUGACAUUGGCAUAGGACAGCUCCUUAUUUUUUGGAGAUUUUUUUUUGUCCCCAUAAUGUCUGUUUAUUAUCUAUAUAUGCGCCGAUUGACUUGAAAUUUGUCAUAGUUACUUCUUCCCCAACUUUACGUUCACUGAAAACGGAUUUUACGCAAAUUCUAUCCAAAAUACAUUUUUCUUAUCUACCCGCGCGAAGCUAGUAUAUUAUAUAGUUUUUGACUAAAAAUGCUACAAUCUUGUGCCUUUUCCGAAUUCAAAUGGCUUAAGAGUUCAGUAUCAAUUUAUAUAUCUUUGACUUAAUUUACGGUAAAAUUUAUCGAUUAUUUAAAUUCGAUAGUUAUAAAACUUUUUUACUAGGCAGGUUACCAGAUUUUCUUAAGAUUCAUUCACAUCAUUAUGUAGGAAUAAACAAUUAUUGUAUUUCUAUUAUAACGCACGCUCUUUUUAAAAAUAUCUUAGUAUAAAGGUAUUGUAUAUUGUAAUGAAUUUGUACAAAGUAUGAUUAAGUUUAAAUAAAUUUAACUAACUUCCGGUUGAUGUUUA